UUCAGAAGCAUGUUGGAAUUCUCGUGGGACAAAAUUGCCAAAUUAAGUGAAUCUGACAUAGAUAUCGACAAUGCAGACUAUUAUUGCGAAUUGAUUCUAGACGCUAAUGUUGAGGACUGGAAUGACAAUGAUCGACUUAAGCAUGUUUUCCAAAUUACUCAGACAUUACUAAACUUAAAAUGGGAACAAUGGAAGUUAUCAGAAGCAAGCUUCGUGGACAAAAAUGCAGAAAUAAAUAUCCUGAAAGAUCAAAUAAGGGAAUUAGAACAUGAAAACACAGAUUUGCAAAAAGCAGUUUCUGCCUCUGGUAUUGAUAGAGUAAGCAUCUGUGAGACGAGGAAACUUGAGUUCAAAGUUGUCAAACUGCAAUCUGAACUAGAAUCUUUAAGGAUAGCUAAAGAUACUUCAUUUAAGGAGAAGGAACAACUUUUAAAUGACAAAGAUGAUCUCGAAAGGAAAGUGGAUCUGAUUUCUAAGGAAAACAAAGAUCUACUGGAGCGUUGUGAGUAUCUACGCUUACAAAUACAGGAUCGGCCCAGUUUGUUUGGCAAAAGUAAUGAAGAGGCUAAUUACAGGAAGGAAAUCUCCUCCUUACGUGCAACAAUUAGGGUUCAGAAAGCUGAAAUCGAUGGGUUAGAAGACGAAAAACAAAACUUAUGGAACGAUGUCAACCGUUUGGAGAAUAAUCUACGACAAGCUAGCAUAGAAAUCGAUCGCGCCACAGAUGACUACGUGAGAAUGAAAGAAGCCCUAACAGAAGCUGACAAGAGUCACGCAGAAAAGUCUGCUGAGUGUAAUAUGUUGCGCACUCAGUUAGCCAAUCUUUCCGAAAAAAUUGGGCAUCCCGAAGAAACAAACAAUUUGAUCCUAAGUAUUGUUGAACAGAAGAUCGAGGAAUGGAAAGAGAUCCUGUCGGACAAAGAUGUGGAAAUAGUUAAACUUAAUGGACGGAUUAAGGAAUUAUCCCAGGAAUUACGGGAACUUAAAGCUGAUUCUGAUAAAACCAGUGUACAAGCCUUAAUGAAGUCCAUAAAGGAUCGUGAUGUUCAAAUAAAUUCUCUCAAAAAACAACUCACCGAUGCCACAAGUGAGGUUGAAAAAAGCACAACCCUUCUGAAUGAACUCGCAAAACAAGCCAAUGAGAAUGAAUUUCAUUCAAACAGUCACAAAGCGGAACGUAUUGUUGCUCUUAGAAAACAACUUCAAGAAAAAGAGAACCUUAAUAUAGAACUGAAGAAAAGAUUGGAGCUUGCUGAAGAAGCUACUCAAUCUCAAGCCAAUGAGAUAAGUAUUUUAGAAAAACAAUUAAAACGUUACGAGGAAGGAGAGUAUGGUUUAUCAGAAGCUAUUACUGAAUUGAAAGCUACUCGAUUACAACUAAAUUCAAAAGAAAGACAAUUGGAGGAAAUUUGUCAUUUAACAAGUCAAGCUGAAUCAUCUCUUAAUGAAAUAAGUGUAGAAAAUGAACACUUAAGAACUAAACUAGGAAUUCCUCUGAAUGAAAAAAUUGAUUUGAAUGGCUAUCGCCGGCAAAAACGAGCCGAACUUGAAGAAGAUCGUGCCGUAAAUAUAAUUUUGCAGAAAGAAAUCGAAAAACUAGAAGAUGAAAGGUUGGAGCUAAAACGAAAACUACGAACCCUUGCACGUCAAUUGGGCCAACAGUAUGGUUCAGCAGAUUUGCACGUAGAUGGAGUACUCCUGGGUAAUUUGGCCCAAGUUAAUGAGGAAGCUGUAUCGGUCCAGUCAGCAAGAACAGUUUCUGCGCCUCAAUCCAGUCAGAAAACUAGACGUUCUCCAUCAAAAGACGAAUUAACCGACCUUCCAGAAGUAUGGAAAGCAAGGUUUAAAGUACUUGAUGAAGAAUUAAUUCAAGCGACGCAUCAAAUAGAAGAAGAACGCAAAAAACAUGAUAAGUUAGAAAAACGUUUGAAGCAGAUUACUGAAGCGAAUGUUCUGUUAGAAAGCGGUCUAAAAGAAGUUCAACACCAGAUACAUGCUUUUCAUACUGAAUCAAAUGAUCAACUUGAUUCAAGUAAGGCGAAGAAACAAACAACACAGAACACUAUUAUAAUGAAUAUGGAAGAGAAAAAAACGAUCAAUAAGAAGAAUUCGAAAAUAGGGAGUGAAAUCAUUCAGUUAGACUGUCCAUCUUUAGAUAAAUUAUUAGCUGCAUUAGACGUAAGAAAUCUAGUUGAAGAUAUUGACUCUGGACAGUUCCUCAAAUCUAGAGUGGAUCAACUUGAAGGGGCAAAUCAGGAGCUCCGAUCAAAUCUUCGUGAUGCACGCAUGAGCAGUGCUGUAAAUGAAGCAAAACUGAACCAAGCACAUGAUCGAAUCAAACAUUUGGAAUCACAGCUUGAAUCAGUUGAUCUAGUAGAUAAUAAUUAUAUGCCAAGUCGGACAUUUCUUGACAGUCAGUCACCUCUGCCAAAAGAUAUCAAUCCGGACACAGCUAAAGUUAUUCACUCUCUAGAAGAACAUUUAUUGACAACAAUGAAAGAUAUUAGUGAUAAAAAUACGCAACUUGCUUACAUACAUAAUCAAAUGGAAGAUGCAAGAAGAAAGUAUUCUGUUUGUAAACAUCAUCAGGGUUUAUUGUAUCGUGACUUUUAUAAUGAACGCCAAACUUGGAAAAAAGAAAAAAAAGAACUUGAACAACGUUUAGAAUGUUCAGAAACAAGAGUCAACGAACUGGAAGUUCAUAAGAGUGAACUACUGCAUUUACAAGAUGUUUUGUCGAGUUUAGAUACUUCAUCAGGUGAUAAAGAACCGAAUGAAAGUUCAAUAAAACAAAAGAUAGCUGACCAAUCACGACAGAUAUUAUUACUUCGUGUCAAUGAGGUUGGCUUACGUCGCCGGUAUUUGGCAACACAAGAACGUGAAGUUGCUUUAUCAAAGGAGAAUACUAAUUUGAAAAGUGAUAUAUUCCAAUUGGAAUCAGCUGUAAGUGCUCGGCUAAACUAUUAUGCGAGGUAUAAAGAAACAGCAGCAUUUCAAAUACAAAAAUUACAAAAAACAUUAGAUCGAUGUGUUUCAGAAGAUGAAUUGAACAAUCUAAGAAAUGAAUAUGAAACAUUAGCUAUUAAAUAUAAAGAGUUAUUGGAACACGGUUCAAAUAACGUAGAUUAUCAAUUAACCUUGAAAUCUACUCAAACUAACUUGGAUAAUUUGAAAAAACAACAUGAUGAAUUGAAGGAACAAUUGAUCAUAGAAAAAGAACGGAGAUAUUUACUGGAAAAUUCAACUAAUCAGUUGCAAUCAAAUGUGAUAAUGAAGUCUAAUCAAAUUGAGAAUGAUCUGUCCGACACAAAUAUGGCUAAACGUUUAGCUUUAAUAGAAAUGAAAGAAUUAAAUGAACGUGAACGUGCAAAUCAUACACAAAUGCUUUUAAAUACAGUGCAAGAUGUGAAUCAUCAAUUAGAGUUAAGAAAUAAAGAACUUGAAAAUAAAUUUACAGAAAUUACAAAAGCAUUGAUGGAAAUGCAACAAAGUGAACAAAAAUUACGACAAGAACUGACAAAAGCAGUCCCAAUAUCAGUACAUCAAGAAAUUGAAACACAAAAUACCGAACUGGAGCAGACCAAUUUGAAACUUCGUCAUGAAAUUGAACAACUAAAAGAAGUAGCUUUAAUUUCAAUGAAUCAACAUCAAAAUUUGGAAGAUCAGCUAAGUAGUCAAUCGAUUGAAAUACAAAAUUUGCGUGAACAAGUGACUGAACUGGAAUCUAAAGAUGAUUCAAAAGCUGAUUUGGCUCGACUCCAUCGUCUCGUGACACGAAUCCAGAUCUCUGAGUCGACUGCCCUACGUCGUUUAGCAUCAACUCAAGUUAAAGUAAAUCGUUUGGAAAGCGAUUUGUUGAAAACUGAAAAAAGACUAACACAAAAAGAAAGUGAAUUGACAAACGUGUACAAUAAAUCACGUCAACGUGAAAGACGACUACGUGAAACUAUUACAACACUUCGUCAAAGAUAUGCAGGUUGUAUUCCGCUCAGACAACAAGAGAAACUAUCUGUUCGUUUAAAUGAAACAAUUCGUCAAUGUACAUCUAUCCAGUCGGCUCUUGAUGAAGCCUUGAAGGAUAAAAUCAAAUCUGAAUCGAUUAUCGACGGUUAUGAGGAAAAAAUAAAGUUAACAUCUGACAUUCAAAAGAUUUUCACCGAAUAUAACGAACAACAUAAAAGUCAUGAUAUUAAUAAAAAUUUAGAAAAACGAUUAUUAGAUUGGCAAGAACGAUUAAGUGAUUUACGAGUCUUAGAAUCAACACAACGUCGUCAGGUCGAACGAUUAAAGGAACAAGUACGUCACUUGGAAUCACUUGUACAAAAUCAAGAGAGACAAUUGAAUGAGUUAGAAUUAGAAAAUUCACGUCUUGUUAAAGAAUUAGAUCAACGGGAAUCUCAGUGGGAACAACGUGAAGCUGAAUUAGAAAGUGUCAUAGAAAAUAAUACUGUAUCUCAUUACAUUACCACAGAAAAUAUGAAUGACUCAACUAAUCUGCUUACAGAUGAAGAUAUUGACGCUGCUUGUAAUCAAAUUAGUCAGAAAGAAAAUUUCAAUGAAAUUUCCAAAUCUGUACAACUGACUAGUCAGCAAUCAUCGUCUAAGUUCGUAGAUGAACCAGUUCAAAAAUCUGAUGCUCAAACAUUGGAUAAAUUGAAAAAUGAAAACACUGCACUAAGAAAGCGACUUGGCCAACUGCUACAGCUAUUACGUUUACAAGAUAUGAAAUUACAAAAUGUUGUCAAUCAUUCCUCAGCUGUACAAAAUUCCGAUACUCAAUCGACAUUGGCUGGUUUACGAGCUAAUAUAGAUUUGUUACAACGUCGAUUAAAUGGAAAAGAUGAAAGUCUUGCAAGAGUGAAUGAACUACUCAGGCAAGCUUAUGAAGCUAACGAAAAAUCAAAUGAUCGACAUAAUCAAGAAAUUGCUAUUUUACAGAAUAAAUUACAGAACAAAAUGGAAGAACAAUUAUUACGACUAGCACAAAAUGUCGAAUCUGUUGGCAGAAAUGAAAUAACCAAUUCACAUUUGAUUGAAUUGAAAAAACGUUUACAUGAAUUGGAAGAAUCAUUAAAUGAACAAAAUCAAGCUGUAUUUCGUCAAGCGGAACGAACAAAAAUCAUCCAACAAGAAUGUGAUUUAUGGCAAUUGAAAUAUAAUCAACUUCAAGCAAAAACUGAAAGUGUAAAGGCGAAUAUGGAAAAUACACAUGGCGAAGAAGUAAUGAAAUUGACAUCACAAACAGAACAAUUACAAAAGGAACUGGAUAAAAGUAAUGCAAAAUUAAAUGAAUAUUAUAAUGAAGUCAAGCGUUGGAAAGCCGAGGCAAACAAAUCCCCAUCAGUGAUGCAACGCAAACUAACUGAACGGUUACGCAAUGAUCUGCUUGAAAAAGAUAAACAAAUCCGAGCUUUGUCCAAAGCACUGGAAGAACUCCGUCAUGAUCUUGUAGCACAAGCAGAACAAGCAGUUCUAGCUACUAAUUCAAUGCAGCCAAUUCAAUGUGCACCAUCAGUUCGUGAACUAAACGAAAACAAAACUGUUGAUGAAACAAUCGUAACACCAACUAACGCAAAGACCAUAGAGUCUGUUAUCCAACCUCCAUCGGUAAAAAUGAUUCAUGAAAUGAAAAUUCAAGAAGACAAGGAGAAAACUGUCAAGCUCGAAGAUUUAAACAAAAAAUUGGAAUUAGAGUGUGAAAAUUUAAAUAUUCAGCUGCAAAAUUUCAAAUGUCUGUUGAAUACGUCACAGAAAAAAAUUGAUGAACUUUUAAGGAAAAAUCGUAUACUUGAAGAAGAAAAUCAUAGACUUCGUAUGAUACCAGAAAAACCAUAUCAAGAAAUCAAUAAAAGUAAUAAGGAAGCACAAAUGUCAUCGGCUAUGCGUUCCAGCUUGACCAAUGAAUGGGAAGCACGUAAACGUAUGGAAGCUGAGAUAAAUAAAUUAAAAGAGCAACUAAAUAAAAAAUGUACAGAAUUGACAUCCAUACAAAAACAAUUGAAUCUAACUAAGAAUGCACUUGAUCGAACUAACAAACAAAAUGAACAGCUAAGAGAGAAAGUCAAUGAAGUUUGGGGUCCAGGUGCUACAGCUGAUGAGUCAACUGAUACUAAAACGGAGCAAAAUAAAAAAGAAACUCUCAGUCGGUCGUCAAUAUCAUGUGUUUCUGAACGUGUUGAACUACACCAACAAGUAGAACAAUUGCAAUCUGAAGUUGAAAGACUUCGACGAGCACAAAGAAUAUCUGCAGGUUUCCCACCUGGAACAAAAUCAAUGAAUACAGAAGCCAUGUUGAUAAAAAGCGCAGAGAUGCGUAACAAACUUUUAUCUGAACGUAUAGACGAUUUGGAGAAACAGUUAUUAGACAAAGGUAUGGUUAGUCCAGCGAAAAUGCAAUUGGAACAAGCAACUCAACGUGAUCUAUUACGGCUUAAUAAUGAAAAUAUGGAAUUGAAAUUCGAAUUGGAAACAUUGAGAUCCGAUGCAGCACGUUAUAAAACUCGAGUUCAUGACUUACAAAUUUAUGUUGAUUUACUGAAACAAGAAAAAGAAGCAUUGCGUGCAGGACAAAAUCUUGACAAAUCAUUUAAUUCCGACAGUAGUACAAUGAGUACAAUAAAAAGAAUUGGUGAAAGUGGAAAAUCUCCAAAAGAACUGGAAAAAAUUAUAGUUUGUCUAAAAAAAGUCUUACAACGUAGUCAAGCGGAGAAUGAACGGUUGAAGUGUGCACCCGGACCAGUAUCACAUAGUGAAUUACAACAGUAUAAAACAGAGAUUAAACGAUUAAAACAUGAACUUGAAGCAGCGCAACUGACCGCCGGAUCAAAAUUAUUCAAUCAUCGAUUAGCAAAUGAACAAGGUACAGCGAAAUUAAUGCAUCAAUAUGACAGUUUAAGAAAAAAAUUUGAAGAUGUUUCAUCGAGAAAUCAAGAACUGACAAGUCAAAUUGAAUAUCUACGUCAAGAAAUUAACAAAUCGAAGAAAUUGCCCGAACAAUCAAAUAAUGAGCGAUCCAGUUAAAUUCAAUCAUCAUACUAAUAUGAAACAUCAAGAUUUUGAAACGAAUCAUUGUUGCUCAUGUAUACGAAGGCAUUCCUCUUAUAACUGAGGUAAAAUGAAAUAAAUUCUUGUAUCCUAUCAAAAAAAGAAAGAGAAUUUUCCACGAUAAACCCUACGGUAACCUAUUCACUCAGGUGCAUAUUCC